CAUUUCCUAUCCUGGCUGGCAUGUUCCAUCGAUUCCUAUCCUAUUUUUGGCUUGGCCGGCCUGGCAUCGGUACACUACUUAGUCAACCCAGCAUGUACCGAGGACAUUAUUCGCCCGCCGUUUUUUCACCACUACGAUUUUAUUUCCUAGAGCCUGUUGCCCAUCUCUUGGCCACUAUAUCGAUAACGCUCAUCCGCUACAAAAGUCCGUCUGUUUGAGCUUGUUCUGUGGUGCUGCUUUAUUGCUUAACAUCGUUGUUGUUGAUCCCUUUCUUUUUUCGCGCCUGUCUGUGCCUAGCUGCUACAUCAUAAUGAGGCGCCGCAUAGCCACGCUACCCAUUAACUUCUUCCUGCAACCUGUGAACCCUUCAGCUCCCCACCUCCGAGACACCAUCAUCAUCUUCUUUUCCACUUCAUCGUUGCCGUCGUCAACUCUGCUAAUAUGCCCAGUAUCGCUAUGUUUUUCUCUGUGGUUGCACCAUUCUCAAUCUGGUGAGCCUACU